AUGUCAAGCAGCAACGCACCUAUCAUAGCGGACGGAUCCAACGAGGGACGGCGCACCCAGCUCAAUCCUGCGGCCGCUCCGUUUGUGCCAUUCUCGACCCGUACGCUGCCUCUUCACGUCCAGGCACAGGCACACAGCAAUCCUGCGGCCGCUCCGUCUGUUCCAAACUGGCCUCAUCCGCUGCCCCUUCACGUCCAGGCACACACCAAGCCAAGCACCCAGCUACACCACACGGAGUUCAUGGCGAACAAGCCGACCUUAGCUCAAAUGUGGACAUACGAGUUCUUGAGAACUGUAGUGGGAUGCCCUGAGAUGCUAGCACGUUAUGAGGCAGGAUUCGUCGUUGACCCUGCUUCCUUGAGGGUGUUUUCGAGCCUGAAAGCCCUAGAGACGCCCAGCAUGGAGCUCAUGACAGACGAGCAACUGUGGCGGGGAAUACAAAGGUUACGGAUAACCCGGGACUCACGGGGCAACGGGACUUCUGCUCGGUCGAGAACUACCUCUUCUGGGACCGUGGCCUCGUCCGCUGGGACGCUCACGACUGACCCGGGCCCGACGUCCAACAGCUGCACCAAACCAACGGGCAGCUACCAGUUUCCUCGGGGUCCGACUCUUCCGAUCCAAGCGGUCCUUCUUCUGCUACCGCCAGCUAACCCGCCAACUGCGACGCCGUCGAGUCCGAGUGAUCAUCCUGUUGGUCCUUUAGCCUCACAGGCACCUACGAGCAUAAGUUCCUCGCUCUCACCUGGUGGACUAGGCGUCGCUGUUCUGGUCUCAUGGAUGGAAGAGGUUCUGCACUCAUCCUGCUUGACUCCUCGCUCCUGA